AUGAUAGAACUGACCUCAAAUUUUUCCUACGUUCUUCCUGUCAACAUGAUAGAACAAACUCAAGUUGUUAGGGGCACCGUGAUCUCACUUCCAAAACCAAUCUCUGAGAGGCUUGCAGUUCGUACCACCACUUUCUCUACGUAGGCUACGAUACAGGGCUUUCUCUGGAAAACUUCAAGUCGCGUCUCUAUCACGAGCCGCGUUGGAACUAUCACAAUGUACACGACGGCUCAUUAAAUCGCCAAACACAGUCGGUACGUAAGGAUUCUGGUGCGAUUUGAUACUGAUCAUCAUCUUUACGGCAGCCAAUAAGCGUGGCCGUGAGCUGCACACUGUUAUAAAUGAGAGGGCUGGGAAAUAUUCCACCAGAUCUUGCCGACAAAGACAGAGCUUUCGUGUUUCAAGAACUCGACGCUACCCUGAACUCCAAAAUUCUCUACACGCUAUUGCAUGGCACAUACACUGGUAUUCUUGCUGUUACGUUGUGGAAUAUAUUCAUCAACAAAUGCUGGCCGAUGCGACGAGCCUUGGUUGUCGUCAUUAUUCUCCUUCAUACCCUGAUUACUAUCAAUGUUGCUGCCAAUUGGUCAUUUAUAUGCUCCGCAUUCAUCAAAAAUGGACAAAGUUUUUGGACCGUAUACUCGAAGCUUGAUGAUGUGAACCAAGUAGUCUAUUGGGAGUCAGGUAUCCCAGCCUCUAUGGGUACCAUCCUCGCAGACUCAUAUAUUAUUUGGUGCUGUUGGAUGGUCUGGGGACGGCGCUGGCUGAUUGUUCUACUUCCAAUCCUUUCCCUAAUUUCUGCAACCGUGUCGAAAAUCAUUGAUAUAUAUCGUGUGUACUUCACUGCAGCGGACACAGUAUUCCAGAUGCUCUACGUAUCCUUCAUCCUGGCAACGACAUUAUGGUGCACAUUGCUUAUCAUUUUCCGCAUUUUGACUGUUACCGGGGUUAGGCGCAGAGCAGGCGGUCGACUGAGAGUUUAUUACCGUUUCAUUGAAGUGCUAGUGGAAUCCUCCGCUCUCUAUACAAUAGCUCUGAUUCUAUACUUGGCUGUCUUCCUUCGCAAUGAUUUUGGAUCGUAUUACAUUGAUGCCAUAGCCGGUAUCACGAAGGGAGUUGCACCCACGCUCCUUGUUGGCAGAGCAGCCGCAGGACACACGCGCCCAAACGAAGAACAUGACGACAGUGCGACAGUGUCGACCCUUCGUUUCCAGACGUCUUCGCAAUCUUCUCAGUCUUCUCAACCUUCCAUGGCAAGCUUUCAGGAAUGCACCGGGCAGAGCGCAGUCCUUGAGAUGGACAUUGAAGCUCAACAGGUGCGGUCGGAUGAGCUCGUGGUAGUUGUUGAAAGGACGCAAUAGAGCUCAUGGCGAGCGUCUGAAAGUCGGGGUGAGACUGGAGACCAAAUUUAGACUGUCAUUUUUUGUUCAUGCUAUCCUUUUUUUACUAUCGUACUCUCUACUU